AUGAGGAAGAAAACCAUUGCAAAAAGGGCUCCUCGUGAAAAGGUUUUCAAGCUACCCUCAAAGCCUUCCACUCGCUCUCAAGACCGCACCUUUACCCCUUCUCCUUCUCCUCCUACCUCUCCUCCUCGCUGUGACCCCAUAGCUAGGACCAAAAACACUCCAAGGUUUCCUGCUUCUGCCAAGCCGACGCCACCACCAAAGGCCACACCUUCCAAGGCUGGCUCCUCAAAACCGAGUUCAGCAAAGCCUAACUCCUCCAAAGGCAAACGUCCGGCGACUGAGGAACCCAUUCCCGAACCAACACAACCAAAAUCCAGGUCAGUUCCAAUGCGCUCUCAACGAGAUGAUUCUACUGCUCCUUCCACUGAGGGUACUUCCAUCUCCACUGGGAAGAAAUCUACUCUGCUGAAUGUGGUCAGGGAUGUUGCUCAAGAGUUUGUCUCCCAAUCGAAUCACUUGAUUGAAUUGAGCAAAGAGAAAAGGAAGCUGGCUAGCAAGCAUGAGAACUUCCUGAAGAAAUCAAGGAAUAGGGUGGCUGCCAAAUUCAUUUUUAAGCAGCCCAAAUGGUAUAAUAAAAUUAUAGCAAGGCUGAUGGGAAAAUAA